GUGACGGAAAAAAUUGUGAUUAACCUUGACCGAUAUUGCGCAAUUAUUUCGAAUGUAACGAACGUGACUGAAGAGUACACACCACCCGUAUUCGUAAAAGAAGUAAUAAUGUUCUAAAUUUGAGAUUAAAAUCUUGAAGCCAAAGUCUGUAUGUCACCACAUUUAUUUAGAGUUAUAUUUUUUUAAAUUUUCCACCAUCAGACAAACCAAACCCUGACUAAUAACUGUACCGAGAAAUCAAUUACCAAAUUUGGGAUUUUGUUCAUUUACUACAGAUUUAAAUAACUCGGCUUAGUAAGAGAAUAUAAUUGACAUUGAACCAUAUGGAAUUUCUGUUUCUUCAACGUUUUAUUUCGAAUUAAUCAAGGUUGUACUGCCGAGAUCAAUGUAGCUCUUUCACACGUUAUAUGUACAGUUUGUCAGAUUUCAAAAUCAGAGCUUUGUUGUUAUACUUUAGUUGUGAAGUCAUCCUGAAAUAUUUUGGUUUCCAUGGUUCAUUUGUAUGAUAAUCAGUACCUGAAGUGUCAUUGUCACCAAAAUCACUUUUGUUGUCUGCACAGUCUUCAAUUAAAAUUUCAAUAUCUAUAAUGCAUGAGCGUAGAGGCCUGUGUCGCCACCAGCCAUUCUUUUACUAUUGCUGCAAUGCAUAGCUAGUGGAAUACCCGCUGCGUGUUGAAUUAAUCAAUCCUGUAUCUUUGACAACAGUGUACACUUCAUACAUUGUAACGAUUCCAAAGGAGUAUGCUUUCUGAAGAUAACGAGUGCAGCUAAGAAGUCUUAUUUAUGGUCUAUACCGUACAUUAUCGGCAUAGUCACUGUUAUGAGAAUAAUGGUAAAAACAAUACGAAUACAAAUUGCAUCCCUUUUUUCUUUCUUUCAUGAUUAACAUUACCAUUAAUUCAUCCUUUUGUUUCUAUUUAGGUGUUUUUAAUCUAUUCAUUACUUUAUUACUGAUAGCAACAGUGCUAUAAUUGUCAUCGUUAUUUUAAGUGUUAUUUUAAUUUUUUUUAAAAUUAAGAUUUGUUAUUACAGGCUUCAAUUAGAAAUGACUUAUCUCAUCUUGGUGUUCGGUAUUUUGGUGCUCGCACCACCCCUUAUAAAAGGUAAGCAAAAGAAAUAUUUAGCUACAUAAAACAGUAGGAAAUGACAACAUUAAAAUAUUUUUUUCGAUUGUCCUGGAAGGGCUGAUCCAAACUGAUUUAUCGCCCCAACCGUUUCACUUCAUGGUUCAGUGCGCUUUGUGGAAAAACUUCAUUAAAUUUUCAUCGAUGUUAUUUGCGAUCUGAAUUAAUCCAUCAUAAACCGGGUCAUCCUCGUUUCUCUGCGAUUUAUACGUGUACUUUUGUGGGAUCCAUUUAGUGAUUUUUUAAGUGUCAGUUAUGAUAUCUAUGUUUUUUACGUAAAAUUAAACUUUGCCGUAAUGACAAAAAUAUUGACUUAGCUUCUCAUAAAAUUAGUCGAAAUCGAGGGAAAGUAAGGGAACUUAUUCAAUUAUUUUCUCUUGUCAAAAUUCCUUAUUAUUAUCGUUGUUGCCACUACACCGCUGCUGUAGAUGACGUCGGUGUUUUUCAGUUUUUGUAAUGCUUCUUCCUUGCAGGAGCUCCCAAGCCAUUACCUACAGUGUACAUCCAAAUGGAUCUCAAAUACACGUGGUCUGAGUUUUGUCUUUUAGAAACAUAUUUCAAAACAAAAAUGGCCGAUUUGGUGCUGGAUGAUCACGGGCAUCAUCUCAACGUCUCGCAGAUAUACAUAAACAAUUUUGACGAAAACUGUCCCCCGAAGAACAACGUCGACAAAGCGUCACCAAAGUUUUACAUCAUUAAGCCAGGCGGGGCCUACGAUGAAGUCAAUAAAAAUGCAACCAUAAAAGCGUACGAUACUCUUCGUUAUUUGACUGAUAAUAAUCUUGGAAUACUUGCUGGACCGCUAUUUCAGAGAAAGGUAAGUUAUUAUUCUUACUGCUUUAAUAUAAGGAAAAAUGAAAAAAAAGACUGCUCUGUCUGUCAAUUUACCCGCUUACUAACCCAAGUGUGAUGUCGAGAGAAGACUGGAAAAGGCUUUAAUCACGAGCCAAAGGAGGGUGAUUUACAGACUUUUUAAGACUUUUUUUGUUUCAUCAAGAUCCCGAGAGGGUCAUUGACUAAGUUAUUUGGUAAAAAGUGCUGUUGUUGCUAUUGCCUUUCCAGGAUAACUACUUAUACGGGCUUUUAUCAUUUCUUUAUAUCACGUUAUUAACAGAUCGAAAAAGUGGAGGCCAAGGGUGAAGAUGCCCCACCUAAGCCAACCGGGUUCACAGAACUGGAAAGAACUUACAUCGCCAUUGGAAUUGCUUGUGGGAUUUUGGCCAUCAUUGUUUCAAUAGCAGUAAUUGUGGUGAGAAAUAACUUUAUAUAUCAUCUGUUCCUACUCCUUGUCCUCUCCUAUUUCCUCUCUCAUUAAAUAUUCUUCUCUUUACCCUGCUCCUCUGCUUUCUUCGCCUACUUAUCCUCCUUUUUCUUCUCCUCCUCCUCCGCCAUCCUCCUCCUCCGCCAUCCUCCUCCUUCCUUCCUUCCUCUUCCCUCCUCUUCCCUCCGCUUCCCUCCCCUUCCCCUCUUGCACCUCCUCUCAGUUCUCCAUGCCCUCCUUCUCUACGUCUUUUUACUGCCUCUUAUUUAUCUUCGUCUCCUCCUUCAUAGCUCAAAUAUUCUUCUCGACUUCUUCCUUCAUCUCCUCUUUCCUCCUCCUUCCCUUUUAUCUCUCUCCUCCAUAUUUUUUCGUCUUUCCUUUACUCAUUCUCUUUAAGUUCUUUCUCCUUUACCUCCUUUAUCUCUUUAAACAAUUCUGCGCAAAAAUAAUGCAAACGACAGUCGCUGAUUAUCGCGAUAUAUUGGCGAUAUCUAAGCGAUAUUUCAGUUGGGACGAUAUAUCAGCGAUACAUCGCGGGACUUGUUGUAACAGCCGUGAUAUAUCGCUUAUAUAAGCCAAACAAUAUAUCGCUACAGCUCAAAGAUAGAUCAUUCUCGCCUCCUCGAUAUAUGUAGCCCGUAGAUUUAUAAUCAGGUACACUUAAAAAUAUUUUUGUCAAGCAAAUAUCAAUUCAGGAAUUCAUCUAUUUCUUCAUUUACUUUAUUAAUUGUUUAUUCAUGCAGUACGUCAUCAAGAAUAAAAAGAACGGAGGUAGAACUAACGAAAAUAAGCCUACACGUGAGUUCAUUGGGGAAGAGAACAGACUACAUACCAGCCCUGAGUUCAUUGGGGAAGAGAACAGACUACAUGCCAGCCCGCCUCACAAUGUAAGUUAG